AUGUACAGUGCUGAUCUUGGCCCUGGAAUUGCUCCAUCAGCUCCAGGAGGUCCAAUCCCCGAGCUUCCGACCUUCAGCACUGAGGUCAUAGAACCUUCCAAGACAGAUGCUCAAAAUGGACAUCUCCUCCCACCGCCGCCACCUCCUCCUCCGCCGCCUCCCCCCCUCCACCACCCGCUCCUCCUUCUUUGUCACCACCUGCACCACCUCCUAUGCAGCCAAUCAUUGGAAAGCCUGUGCACAGAGGAGCGGAUAGCGAGAAUGGCAGUCCAGGUUCUCUUUCACCAGCUGUGGUUCAGGGAGCACCAAGUGAAGUGGUCAAACCAUCAGAUGGCAGGGCAUCGCUGCUGGAGUCCAUCCGCCAGGCGGGAGGAAUAG